GAGGAUCAUCUCUGCACAUCCAUCCGUUCUCCGUUCAGCGGCGGGGCUUUGAGUUGAGUUAUAGAUGUCUGCUGGAAUUUCUUUUCUCCUCAUCCAUUUCACUGUUUAAUCGAUGGGGAUGACAGACUGCAGGUGCAGCGGCGGCGUGCGUUAAAAUCGGCAGGGACGGUGUGUGGUGCACUAGGACCGUGGAGAGAGAGUACUCUCAUCGUGAGCAAUGGAGCUGUAGAGGGAACCCCCCCACACACACUCACUGGAUCUGGCGAUUUUAUCCUUACAUUUUUCUCUCCCCUUCUCAUCUCCACGGGGAUCGCACCAACUAAUUUGCGUUUGGGAAGAAAGCAGGAGUGGAUUUCUAAUUCGGCGAGAUUUGCGUAGAACUCGGUUCAUACAUUUUUUUUAAAAGAGGGUGAAAGUGUCUUUUUGCCAUAUCAUGUCUUCUAGGCUGUAAAAAAACCCAAAAACCCCCCACCUUUAUCUCACCCGUCCAACCUCUUUUAUAAAAGAGCGUGAAGAUAUAUCGGCGCACUUUUUUUUCCCUCCAGAAAGAACCGAGGAAAACAUAAAUCCUCAUUUUUGUGAUUGAAUUUCAGUCGGACGGCUGGCUGAAUGGGUGACCUCGCUGAAACACAGAUCACCCCCUGCUUGCAGCCGCUGUACGCACGCGUUUAUUUUCUCUGCUGACCGGGAGUUGUGAUGUCCAGAUCCUUCCACGCUGACUGACACUUGGCUUCGUACCAUUUUGGAAACAAAUUGAAGGCUUUGAGGACGGGGGAGGAAGAUGAGACCACCCAGCCCUCUCCUGAUCCUUCUGUACUUCACCCUGUCCAAGGGUGUAAAGGUGGUUUCAAAGAGAGGCUCAGUGGACGGCUGCACAGAUUGGUCAGUGGAUUACCUGAAGUACCAGGUGCUUCAAGGAGAGCCGGUGCGUCUGAAGUGUGCUCUGUUCUAUGGUUACAUCCGAGCCAACUACAGCCAGGCACAGAGUGUGGGCCUCAGCCUCAUGUGGUACCGGAGCUCUGGCCUCGGACACAGCGACUUUGAGGAGCCAAUCUCUUUUGAUGGUGUGCGCAUGAGCAAAGAGGAGGACGCCAUCUGGUUCAGACCUGCUGACCUUCAAGAUGUGGGCCUUUACUCAUGUGUUUUAAGGAAUUCUACAUACUGCAUGAAGGUCUCUAUGUCUUUGACUGUGGCUGAGAAUGACACUGAUCUUUGCUACAACUCCAAAAUGAGAAGACCCGAGAAGGCUGAGCUUAGUAAGAGCAAAGACAUCCUCUGUCCUGAUAUAGAUGACUACGUUGAACCUGGGAAGGAGCCUGGAAUCACGUGGUACAAGGAGUGCCGUCCAAAACAGUGGCGGACCAGCAUUAUCCAGAAGAGAGACAUUUUGUCAUUUCAAGAAGUAACGGAGGACGACAUUGGGAAUUACACCUGCGAAAUCCAGUUUGGUGGCUUUGUUAUCAGAAGGACAACGGAACUUACAGUAACUGCUCCUCUGACGGACAAACCACCCAAGAUCCUAUUUCCUGCAGAAAAUAAGAUUACCAACAUGCCGAUGCAGCUAGGAAGCGCUUUGAACCUCACAUGCAGAGCAUUUUUUGGCUACAGCGGAGACGCCAGCCCACUCAUCUACUGGAUGAAGGGGGACAAGUUCAUAGAGGACCUGGAUGAAGAGAGGGUCCAGGAAAGUGAGAUCAAGCUUGUCAGGGAGCAUCUUGGAGAGCAGGAAGUGGCAAUUUCCUUGACCAUUGACUCUUUAGAGGAGGAGGAUUUAGGAAAUUAUUCCUGUAUUGUGGAAAAUAGAGACGGGCGUCGCCAAGCAACCAUCCAUCUCUUCAGGCGGGAGCUCAUGUACACGGUGGAGCUGGCAGGAGGUCUGGGAGCGAUUCUGCUGCUUCUCAUCUUCCUCAUCUCCCUCUACAAAUGCUACAAGAUUGAGCUGAUGCUUUUUUAUAGGAGGCACUUUGGCAGCGAAGAUGUAGAUGGAGAAAACAAAGAUUAUGAUGCAUACCUUUCAUACACCAAAGUGGACCCUGAUCAGUGGAGUCAGGAAACCAGAGAGGAGGAGCGCUUCGCCCUGGAAAUCCUCCCCGAUGUGCUGGAAAAACAUUACGGUUACAAACUCUUCAUCCCGGAUCGAGACCUCAUUCCAACAGGCAGUCUCACCAAUGAGCAUUACCAGGAUGACACUCGACUCUUUGGAGCAUACAUAGAGGAUGUUGCACGGUGCGUAGACCAGAGCAAGCGCCUCAUUAUAGUCAUGACGCCCAAUUAUGUGGUGCGGCGAGGCUGGAGCAUCUUCGAGCUGGAGACCCGACUGCGAAACAUGCUGGUGAGCGGCGAGAUCAAGGUUAUCCUGAUCGAGUGCGCUGAGCUGAGAGGUAUCAUGAACUACCAGGAGGUGGAAGCGCUUAAACACACCAUCAAAGCCCUCACUGUCAUCAAAUGGAGAGGCCCCAAAAGCAACAAGCUCAACUCGAAAUUCUGGAAGCAAUUGCAAUAUGAGAUGCCCUUUAGGCGCACAGAGCCUAUGCUAACGCACGAGCCGGCACUGGAUGUCAGCGAGCAGGGCCCCUUCGGAGAGCUGCAGACCGUCUCAGCCAUCUCCAUGGCAGCAGCCACUUCCACUGCAAUGGCCACCGCCCAUCCAGAGCUGCGCUCUUCGUUCCACAACACCUACCACACCACCAUGAGGCAGAAACACUACUACCGCAGCUACGAAUAUGACAUACCCCCUGGGGGGACCCUGCCACCACUCUCGUCUCUGGGAAACCAGCACACCUACUGCAACAUCCCACUAACGCUGCUCAACGGACAGAGGCCUCCAGGGAAGAGCCGGGAGCACAGCCUGGAGGAGGCUCACGCCAACAACGCCAUGCUGCCCCUGCUGCCAAGAGAAACCAGCAUCUCUAGUGUCAUAUGGUAGUAAUAAGGACACUCAGAGUUGGCUUCAGGAAGAACAGUCAGGGUCAGGUCAGAAAUGACGAGAACCAAAAGUAGAAGUUUAAAGAACAAAGCGGAUCUAUUCAGGUCCAUUCAUCCCCAUUAACAGAGAAGACAGGUGAUUCCUCCUGUCUUUCAAGAUGACCUAGUCUCUUCUAAGGAGUGAUUUUAUCUUCUAUUUGGAACUAGAGGAAAAACAGUUUUGUUUUGUUUUUUUCUAGACUGACAAAUAAAGUGCUGGAACUCGGAGGACACAUGAUUCCAACAUCCUCACUAAAAGAAAAUGUGCAUACAUACAAACAAAAGGAAAACAGGGUCUGUACAUAUAUUUGCAUUUUAUUAGUAGCAUCAGUGUUUUUCUGUUUCGUUCUUCAAUGCGUUUAAUUCACUCAUAUCUGUUGCCUUCUCUACUGUAGGACUUUGCUUUAAACUUGUUACAUAAAGUUGUAUAUUUUUCAUUCUUUAAAGUUUUAUUUUAUCUAACUCCACUGAAAAGCCAGUAUGUCAUGUACUUGCGCUGUUUUGUCCUUUUGUUUUUAUUGUUUUGUAAUUUUUAUUUUAAAUCAUUCUGUAGUUUAAGCUAACUUUUUUUUUUUUUUAUGAAAAAACUUUUUGAAUGACCUGGACAUUUUCAGGUGAUGUGAAGAGCUGAAACUUGUUUUUGUUAACCUUGUAAAAGGCGUAUCUGUUUUAAAAAGAAACUCCUUUCAGAAAAAAAAAAAUAAUAGAAUAUGCAAAAAGACUGAGAAGCUGGCGAAAAACAUCCAGCCAUGUGGGAUGCAAACGCGCCGCUCCCAUCCAAUCAGACUGACAGACUGGCAGAUCUCUCUCUGGAGCUCUUGUGUUUUUGUUUUGUUUUUUAUUGAAACCAACAGCCUGGCUGUUUUAGAGUGAUAGUUAAAUGCCUCACCUUAAAAAAGAAAAUCUGUAGAUUAUUUUAAAAAAAGAAUUCUAUUUUUAUAAGAGAAAACAGUUUGCUUGAGAGGUCAUGAUUAUUUGCAUUUCAUCUUCCAUAGAAAGGGGAUACGUGUCUAAGCGUUCUGCUGGUUCUGUACUCCUGUAAACGUGGUUCCUGGUUUGUUGAGAGACUAAGCUGGUUUUUGAAUCCCACUUAACAAAGAAUCCUCUAUUACUCCAGGUUCAAAAGAAGACAAAACCUUUUCAAUGUUUUCAUUUUUGAUGUAUCAUUUUAUUGCCACCUCAAUGAUUCUGAUUUAUUUGGUUUAUAGAGAUAGCUCACGUUUUAAUGAGAGAAAAGAAAACAGGUGUGUUUUGAAAGACUUUUUAAAUAUAUUUGAAGGUGUGAUUUUUAAGUAUGCAUAGCAAAUAGAUAUGUAUUCUAUAUAUAAUAUAGAUAUUUAUAUAAAUAUAUAAACACAAUUUUCACUUGGAAAGAAAUGUCUAUCUUUAUAGAAACACAAUCAUUAUCAGUUGCCCCUAC